UUUGAAAAAAGGUUGAUGAUAUUCGCUCUUCCAGACCCACCUUUCACCCACACACUAACCUCCUUUCCCCCUCUCUCUCCAAGUGAGGUUCUUACCCUCAUUACCUCUGCCCGUCCUACCACCUGUCCUCUGGACCCUAUCCCCUCAAACCUCCUUCAGACUAUCACUCCUGAUAUUCUACCAUUUCUCACCCAUCUCAUCAACCCUUCUCUAACUUCUGGUCACUUUCCAAACAGUCUCAAGGAGGCAAGAGUAAACCCUCUCCUGAAGAAACCCACUCUCAACCUGUCCGAUGUUAUAAACUACAGGCCUGUCUCUCUCCUCCCAUUCCUGUCUAAAACACUUGAAUGCACUGUCUUCAAACAACUCUCCUGUUAUCUCCAUCAGAACAACCUUCUGGAUCCGCACCAGUCUGAUUUCAAGACAGGUCACUCCACAGAAACUGCCCUCCUCACUGUCUCUGAGGAACUGCACACGGUUAAAGCAGCCUCCCUCUCCUUUGUCAUCAUACUUUUGGACCUGUCUGCUGCAUUCGACACGGUGAACCAUCAGAUCCUCCAUCGCACUCUCCAAGGACUUGCAGUUUCAGGCUCAGCACUUUCCUUCCUCACCUCAUACCUCAAAGGCCGCACCUACAGGGAUGACAAGAGGAAGAAGAAAAAGAAGAAGAAGAACAAGGAUGACCAGAGAGAGUAUGUCUGGGACAGUAUUAUCCUAUGUCACGAUGAUCAACUGGAACCCAAUAGUGCAGAUGGUAGUAUGAUAAGCGAGGACUUCAACUCAUCGGAUGACGAGGAUGACAAGGAGAAAGACAAGAAGAAAAAGAAGAAGAAGGACAAGAAGAAGAAGAAAAAGAAGAAGAAGGAUUGUUCUUCAUCUUCAUCUGACAGUUCAUCGUCCGACAGCGAGGAUGAAAAUAAAAAGAAGAAGAAGAAGAAGAAAAAGAAGAAGAAGAAGAAGAAGACGACGAAGGACUCCAGCUCCUCUUCUUCAGACAGUUCCUCCUCUUCAUCAUCCUCCUCUGACAGUGAGGAUGACAAAAAGAAAAAGAAGAAGAAAGACAAGAAGAAGAAGAAGAAGAAGAAAAAGAAAGACAAGAAAAAGGAUUCUAGCUCUUCAUCUUCUGACAGCGAUACAGAUAAGAAAAAGAAGAAGAAGAAGAAGAAGAAGAAGAAGGACAACAAAAAGGUCUUCAGAUCAGUGGAUGAAGAGCAAAAGGAGCUCUGCUUUGUUCUUUCAGCAACUGACGGUGAGUUUGCAGGACCGUGUGCUGAUGGAGAUAAGAAGAAAGCUGCGGACAAGGCCAAGAAAGAGCCUAAAGCAGCAGGAGAAGACAAACUGUCCGAUUCAUGUGCAGAGGGAGCAAAAGCAUUCCCUGCUUGUAUUGAGGAUGGCAACAUGAGUGAUGAUGAGGGAGAAGGAGAGAAGGACAAGGAGAAAAAGAAGAAGUUGAAGAAGAAGAAAAAGUGUUCUGGUUCAUCUUCAGACAGUGAUGAUGAUGAGAAAGACAAGAAGAAGAAAAAGAAGAAGAAGGAAAAGGACUCCUCCAGCUCCUCCUCUUCUUCAUCAUCUGAUUGCUCAGACAGCGAAGAUGACAAGAAGAAAAAGAAGAAGAUGAAGAAGAAGAAGGAUAAGGAUGCCGGCUCUUGCUCCUCUUCUUCUGAUAGUGAGGAUGACAAGAAGAAGAAGAAGAAGAAAAAGAUGAAGACAAAGAAGAAGAAGGAUAAGGAUUCCAGCUGUUCCUCUGAUAGUGAAGAGGACAAGAAGACAAAGAAGAAAAAGAAGAAGAAGAAGUCCUGCUCUUCGGAAGAUAGCUCCUCCUCUUCCUCUGAUAGUGAUGAUGACAAGAAGAAAAAGACCAAGAAAGUUAAGAAAAAGAAGAAGAAAAAGGACAAGAAGAAGAAGAAGGAUUCUUCUUCUGAGUCCUCAAGCGAUUCUUCUAGCGAUGAUGAUAAGAAGAAAAAGAAGAAGAAGAAGAAGAAGAAGAAGAAGAAGAAGAAGAAGAAGAAAAAGGACUCCGAUUCUUCUAGCAGUGAUGACGACAAGAAGAAGAAGGAAAAGAAGAAGGACAAAAAUAAGGACUCCAGAUCAUCUGAUAGUUCCUGCGGCAGUGACAAGGAAAAUAAAAAGGACAUGAAGGACAAGAAGAAAAAGAGGUCAGGAUCAUCCGGAAGUGAAAAUGAAAAGAGGGAAAGCCCUCAUGGUGAGGUAACCGGCGAGCCAAAAAUGGAUGCUUCUGGCUCCGGUGGGGGCAGACUUUCAGGUCCCAGCGGCAGCUUCUGCAAGCCAGCCGGCGCUCGUGUUGCUCCUGGUGUUGCUCCUGGUGUUGCUCCUGGUGUUGCUCCUGGUGUUGCUCCUGGUUUUGCUCCUGGUGGGGCUCCUGCUCCUCUUCCUGGUGCUCAUGCCGUCUCCUACGUGUCUCUCCCAUCCAAACCCCUUGUGAAGCUGGAUCCAAGUCUCUCAGCGGCCUCCAAGCCCUCUUUCUCUGUCUCCUCCCUGAGUCCCGGGGAUAGGUUUCGCAGACCUCCCAGCCCCAUGGAGGCUCUGAUGGGGAGCCCAAGGAGGUCCGGAGAUACUGGGACCCAUUCCACCUCCCACCUCACCUCGAGUGACAUAUUGAAAGGCCCCAGGCCUUACCAGCGAUGAGAUGUCAUAGACCGAAUAAGAUGUUACUGACACAGCUUACAUGACCCUUGAGGAUGUUUUUGCUCUAAUGAUACCCUGAUUUUAUGCAAGAAACUGUUCAACUUGAGGAAGAUAAUUACCCUAUGAAAACAAUUAUAAUGAAAAAGUAUGAAUAGUUCUUAAUUAGCUUUUUUAAUUGGUAAGACUACGCAUAUUUGUGGCAGAAUCGUCAUUUUAUAAUCACAUGAAAUUAUUCAAAAACCUUGCUGUGUUGAAUAAAAAAAGCAUCAUUUUA